UGCCUCCUGCCGGCUGCCUGGAGCUCCCGGAGAGCCUUCAUGGAGGAGAGGCGGCGCUCCGCGUGUUUCCAUCAGCCCAAACCAAUUGCUCUACUUAUCCAAAUCCUCCUCCCCGUAAAUAACAUUUACAUAUACUACCUAUAUACGAACCUAUUCGUUCUAUUCUGUUUUCUGAUCCUAGAAUAACUCCGUGGCGUUUCGUGUUUCCGUUGGUUUUCCUUAUUGGGAAGGGGCUGCUCCCCGGGCAUUCCUCAUUCUCAGCUCCUCAAGCUCUACUCCAGGAGCCCUCGAGGCACAGCGCCCGCACGUCAUCCCCGAGCUCACCCGUUCCCCUGUAAUCACACACCUGCGCUGCCCGUACCUCCCAACACACACGCGUUUAAGGAUGCCUUAACACCCAGUGACCGCUGCGGGAGCUAUCGGGCCCGGGCUCGGCCAGGUGAGCGGCGUGGCAGCCUGGGGGCGCGCUCCUCCCCGGGGCAGGGCGGGGAUCCGGACGGCGCGGUCCGGGGCGGGCGGAGGCUCGGUCGGCCGUCCGUCCCGGCAAAGCUGCGCCCAUGGCGCUGGCCGAGCUUUACACGCAGUACAACAGGGUCUGGAUUCCUGAUAGCGAAGAAGUCUGGCAGUCUGCAGAAAUCACAAAAGACUACAAAGCAGGAGACCGUUUUCUCCAUGUGCAAUUAGAAGAUGGAACUGAGCUCGAUUACCCUGUUGAUCCAUCUGCUUUGCCACCUCUGCGAAAUCCCGACAUCCUUGUUGGUGAAAACGACCUGACAGCACUCAGCUACCUCCACGAACCCGCUGUUCUGCACAAUCUUAAAGUCCGUUUCGUGGAGUCUCGGCUCAUCUACACCUAUAGUGGAAUAAUUUUGGUUGCAAUAAAUCCCUAUAAGCAGUUGCCAAUAUAUGGAGAUGCUAUUAUCCACGCGUAUAGUGGGCAAAACAUGGGGGACAUGGAUCCUCAUAUAUUUGCUGUGGCAGAAGAGGCAUACAAGCAAAUGGCAAGAAAUAGCAAGAAUCAAUCUAUUAUAGUCAGUGGAGAAUCAGGAGCUGGAAAGACUGUGUCUGCAAGAUACACUAUGAGGUACUUUGCCACCGUGAGUAAGUCAAGCAGCAAUGCACAUGUGGAGGAUAAAGUUUUGGCAUCCAAUCCAAUAACCGAGGCUGUUGGCAAUGCAAAAACCACACGGAAUGAUAACAGCAGUCGGUUUGGAAAAUACACUGAAAUCAGUUUUGAUCCAAGUUACCGAAUCAUUGGAGCCAACAUGAGAACGUACCUGCUGGAGAAAUCCAGAGUUGUCUUCCAGUCAGAGAAUGAGAGAAAUUACCAUAUAUUUUAUCAGCUGUGCGCAUCUGCUAUGCAACCUGAAUUCAAGCAUCUUAAGUUGGGAAGCGCAGAAGAAUUUAACUACACGAGAAUGGGUGGCAGUACGACUAUUGAAGGAGUUGAUGACAGAGCAAAUAUGAUUGAGACUCAGAAGACAUUUGCCUUACUGGGUCUGAAGGAGGAUUUUCAGAUGGAUGUUUUUAAAACGCUGGCAGCAAUCCUACACUUAGGCAACUUGGAAAUAACAGCAGUUGGAGAUGAAAGGUCAUCCGUCAAUCUGGAAGACAAUCAUCUCAAUAUAUUCUGUGAGCUUCUGGAAUUAAACAGUGACAAAAUGGCACAGUGGUUGUGCCACCGAAAGAUUAUCACUACUUCAGAGACUGUAAUAAAGCCAAUGACAAAACCUCAGGCUCUUAACGCAAGGGAUGCUUUGGCAAAGAAGAUCUACUCUCAUUUGUUUGACUUUAUUGUGGAAAGAAUUAACCAAGCUUUACAGUUCUCUGGCAAGCAACAUACUUUUAUUGGUGUUCUGGAUAUUUAUGGCUUUGAAACAUUUGAUGUGAACAGUUUUGAGCAAUUUUGCAUCAAUUAUGCCAAUGAAAAACUACAGCAGCAGUUUAACCUGCAUGUCUUUAAACUUGAACAAGAAGAAUAUAUGAAGGAAGAUAUCCCAUGGACUUUAAUAGAUUUCUAUGACAACCAACCUGUCAUUGACCUUAUUGAAGCUAAAAUGGGAAUUCUAGAGCUUUUGGAUGAAGAGUGCUUGUUGCCCCAUGGAACAGAUGAGAACUGGCUUCAAAAGCUAUAUAAUAAUUUUGUCAACAAAAACACGCUCUUUGAAAAGCCGAGGAUGUCAAACACGUCUUUCAUUGUUCAACACUUUGCUGAUAAGGUAGAAUAUAAAUGUGAAGGAUUUCUGGAAAAAAACAGGGAUACGGUAUAUGAAGUUUUGAUGGAAAUUUUGAAAGAGAGCAAGUUCCGUCUCUGUGCAAGCUUUUUUCAAGACAAUCCAGCACCCAUUUCGCCUUUCAGUUCAACUAUAAGCAUCAAAUCUGCAAGACCUGUCCUCAAGUCACCCAACAAGCAGCUCCGGAUGACAGUUGGCAGUAAGUUUCGGAGUUCUUUGUCUCUACUCAUGGAGACGCUUAACGCAACCACCCCUCACUACGUGCGAUGCAUAAAGCCAAAUGAUGAGAAGCAGCCUUUUGAGUUUGACUCAAAAAGGGUGGCUCAGCAGCUGCGAGCAUGUGGUGUUUUGGAAACCAUUCGAAUUAGUGCACAGAGCUAUCCAUCCAGAUGGACUUACAUUGAGUUUUUCAGCCGCUACAGCAUCCUUAUGACGCAGCAGGAGCUCUCUUUCAACGAUAAGAAACAGAUCUGCAAGACUGUUUUGCAGCGGCUUAUCCAGGAUCCUAACCAGUAUCAGUUUGGGAGAACGAAAAUUUUCUUCAGAGCAGGACAAGUUGCUUACUUAGAGAAACUGCGCUCAGACAAACUGAGACACGCGUGCAUCGUGAUCCAAAAGAGCGUGCGGGGCUGGCUGCGGCGCCGGCGAUUCCUGCGCAUAAAGCAGGCGGCCGUUACCAUCCAGCAGUACUUCCGUGGGCAGCGGACCGUGCGGCAAGCCAUAACUGCGCAAGCUCUGAAGCAAACAUGGGCAGCUAUAAUUAUUCAGAAAUACUGCCGAGGUUACCUCGUCCGUAAACUUUGCCAGCUCAUCCAAGUGGCUGCUGUAACAAUCCAGGCUUACACCAGAGGAUUUCUAGCAAGGAAGAAAUACCGGAAGAUGCUUGAAGAACACAAGGCUGUGAUCCUUCAGAAAUACGCCCGUGCGUGGCUCGCCAGGCGCAGGUUUCAGAACAUUCGGCGGUUUGUACUGAACAUCCAGCUUUCAUACAGAGUUCAGCGACUGCAGAAGAAGAUAGAAGAACAGAGCAAAGAAAAUCAUGGCUUGCUGGAACGAUUGACUAACCUGGCUUCAACUCAUAUGAAUGACUUGGAUACGAUUCAGAAACUUGAAUCAGAGCUUGAAAAGUUAGCUGCUCAAAAGAGAACGUAUGAGGAGAAAGAAAAAUAUAAAGAGGACAGUGAACAGAAAAUACUGAAACUUGAGAAUCAGAAUAAAGAGUUACAAGAACAGAAGGAGACUUUAGAAGUAAAGCUGCAAGAGAAAACAGAGGAAAUGAAAGAGAAAAUGGAUGACCUCACGAAGCAACUUUUCGAUGAUGUACGAAAAGAAGAAAGUCAGAGAAUGAUACUUGAGAAAAAUUUCCAAAGUCAGAAACAAGACUAUGAAAAGGAAGUUGAAUUGCUCAAGGGAGAAAUAAAGGUUCUCAAAGAAGAAAAAACGCAGCUACAGCAACAAAUUCAGCAAGAGAUUACCAUUCAGGAUGACCUGAAAAUAGAAGUAGGACAACUUACAAAACAAGUACAGGUAAAGCAUGACUCACUUCAUUUUGGAGUUUUUCCUGGAUAA